UCUUUUUCUUCCACCUCUUUCUCCAUUGUCUUCUUCCUCUUCAAUUAUAAGAAGUGCAGCCAUCAUCUCGACUCAGCUCAACUCAACCACUCUUCGCCAAGUCUCUCCAGAAGAAACAGUCUCCACUGCGUCUCUGUCCUUCCACCGCUGAGACAUGCAAGUGGAGCCACUCUCCAUCAUCCGGAGCAGCCUCGAUCAUGCUCCGCCGGCAUUCCAGCUUCCCGAGGAGCCCGAGUCUCCGGGAUCCGGCCAAGAUCCGGCCUUCAUGAAGGGAAUGGAGGUCUCCGAUGACGGAGGAUGUCGCUCGUCCAACCCGCCAAAAUCGGCGGCGGCGGCUACCAAGCUCCAGAAGGUAUACAGGAGCUACCGCACCCGCCGCAGGCUAGCGGACUCCGCUGUCGUCGCCGAAGAGCUAUGGUGGCAGGCGAUAGAAUUUGUUCAACUCAACCGUAGUACGGUGUCGUUCUUCGAUCACGUGAAACAGGAGUCGGUGAUCUCGCGAUGGAAUCGCGUCAAAUUAAAUGCUUCCAAGGUUGGUCAGGGCUUAUCUAAGGACGCCAGAGCCCUCAAACUCGCUUUUCAACACUGGAUUGAAGCCAUUGAUCCAAGACAUCGAUAUGGCCAUAAUCUGCAUAUUUAUUAUGAAGAAUGGCGCAAAAGUGAAGCAGGCCAACCUUUCUUCUACUGGUUGGAUAUUGGCGAUGGCAGAGAUUUGGAUCUCGAUCAGUGUCCGAGAUCAUUCCUUCGGAAGCAAUGUGUCAUAUAUCUUGGUCCUCAAGAACGGGAACACUAUGAAUAUGUUCCACUAGAUGGCAAACUGGUGCACAAACAAACUGGAGUUCUUUUAGACACAACUUCAGCAGCCAAAGGAGGAAAAUGGAUUUUUGUCAUGAGCACAUCCAGGAAAUUAUAUGCUGGUCAGAAAAAGAAAGGAAUAUUUCACCAUUCCAGCUUCCUUGCUGGGGGAGCUACUGUAGCAGCUGGAAGAUUCACUGCUGAAAACGGGAUGCUCAAGCGUAUUUGGGCUUAUAGUGGGCAUUACCGUCCGACUGAGGAAAACUUCAACAACUUUUUAAGCUUCCUCAAAGAAAAUCAUGUUAAUCUGGAUGACACUGAGAUAAUGUCAUCAUCCAAUGAAGAUUAUUAUGAGGAUGCAAAGAAUCCUCGGCUCGAAGAGGUGAUUGAAUCAAUGAAAGUUUCUAGAACUCCUCAACUAGCUCUGCCUUUAGAAGUAACAGGGAUGGCAGCUUCAGAACCAACUGCAGAAUCUAAAUCAGCUGUAGGCCUUCAAGUCAAGUACCAAAGAACUUUAUCUGGUGGCCUUCAGAGUCCAAGAGCUGAUGUGCCUAAGAAAGCCAUUCUAGAGAGGAUAAAUUCAAAAAGGAAAGCUAGUUCUUAUCAGUUGGGUCAUCAGCUUUCUUCUAAAUGGUGCAGUGGAGCUGGUCCUAGAAUUGGAUGUGUUGCAGAUUAUCCAGUUGAGGUCAGAUUACAAGCAUUAGAGUUUGUAAAUCUCUCACCAAGGAUGGCCAUGCCACCAAAAGGCCAAUCGAGCAAGAGCUUAGCAACCCCGUGAUAUAACAUCACAUAUCGGCUAUAUUUUUGAAUCAGGUUGUGUCUUAUCCAUAUCUGAAGUACCCCGUUUCAGUAUUAGCACUCUUCUUAUCUGUAUGUUUUGCAACUGUGGUUGUAUUUUUAUGUCAGUAACAAGUUCAUUUACUAA